CUUCGCGUAGAGCUUUCGGCCGAGCAGGGUCGGCAACAAUGUGAGCACUAUCUGUUUUUGUACCAGUCGACGGUCGGUUUCCACAUUAAACGAUCAUUUUAAGGGCGAACCAAUCAAACUGCAAAUUUAUACAAAUUGAUACUAAACGGGUUAUAUUAAUUUUAUAACAAAAAUUAAGUGUGUAAAUAAGUUUGAACGGAGUCGUAAUUAAAACUAAUUGGGUUUAAUAUAGCGCUAAUUAUUUUGUAUUAAGGCGGGUUUUCGCUGGAAUUUCGUCCUUUUUGACGUUUUGCGUGAGUGCCGUUGGAAUUUUUUGUGUCGCGGGAGAGUGGACUUGUGAUCUGGUUUGGGGAAGAUGCUGGGCGCUGGUGCGUGGCGAGGAAUGGCGGCGCGGGGCUCGUGCUAGCCGCAGCCGCAGCCAUUGGUUUGUGCAGCUGUGUUGCGGACGAUGUCGACAUAGGGGGCGGCCAGGGUUGGCCCCUAGAGGCCAUGCUCAAUAACCUCACUGCGACAGCUUUGGGAGGUCACAAAGAUUCGUGCUCAGAGGACAGCAAGGCGCACGAGAUCAAGCCGAACCUCGACAGGUCGCAUCAUGCGCUCGGGCCACGGCUACACAUCGCGCACAACAUACGCACCGAACACUUACAAGGUGGCAUCCACCAACAACACAGUGGAGGGCAUAUGGCCACCGUGCCAGUCAGCAUGUCGUCCUCAGCUUCAGACAGCGACAAGCCUGCCAAGCAGAAGAGACAUCGGACGAGGUUUACACCGGCACAACUGAACGAGCUGGAAAGAUGUUUUUCUAAGACACAUUACCCUGAUAUCUUCAUGCGCGAGGAGAUCGCCAUGAGGAUCGGCCUUACUGAGAGUAGAGUACAGGUUUGGUUCCAAAACCGUCGUGCGAAGUGGAAGAAACGCAAGAAGAGUACGAAUGUAUUCCGUUCCCCGGGCGCGCUGCUGCCGUCGCAUGGACUGCCGCCAUUCGGCGCUGGGGACGUGUGCAGUCCCGGCGUCUUCGCUGAUAGACCUUGGUCCAUGCCUGCCGGUCUAGGUCAGUUAUCACAAGGCGGUGUGUCCAUGGGUGGUUUUGGUGCGGGUGGUCUGCCACAGCUAGCUGCUGACCUCAACCCAUCCCUCCCCAUCAGCUCCGUCGCCUCUGGUCAGCCCUACCAGGGACAUUAUCCGCUGAACUCACUUGGUGACACGAUGAUGUCUUACUGCAACAACAUCAGCCAGCAGCAGCAGGGUGCGUUGGAAGGUUCGCCCACUCCGCCACAUAUGGCACACUGCGGUAACAACAACGCAUCCCCUACUGCCUCCGGUAAUGGUGGUGAAACAGCUGAAGAGGAAGUUUGGCGUGGGCACAGUAUCGCGGCGCUGCGACGGCGGGCGUCCGAGCUUUCGGCCGCAAUCCCGCCAUACUUGCAGCUGAACUAUGACGCGCAUAGCCCCGUCUACUGACCGCAUUACCCAGUCUUCUGACCGCGUGGCCGCUACUAAGUGACCAGCUCAGUCCACUGAAGAUCGACCUUGUAUUGUAGAGAUGCUUGCAUCCAUUUGUUACGUCAGUUCGGUUACUCCUUCAAAAUGCUUGUUCAAGCCUUGUUGAGGUUUUCGACGGUUCUGUGACACAUGAAACCCUUAAAAAGACCCUUAUUAAAGACAUUGGUUUUGCUACUUCUAUAGCUUGAAACGUUUAGAUUUGGUGGCUCUGGAUUAUUUCCGCACAUUGUUGUGUUCGGAAUUAUUUUGGACGUUUGCCAAAUUACUCAAUUAAUACACGCGUAUUUUAUUGUAGGUUUUUUAAUUUAAUUUUAUCAGUAGCACGUUCGAUACGUACAAUACGUAAAUUGAUAUCAAUUUUUCGAAGUGUUUUUAUAAAAUUCAAUUGACAUGUUGUAUACGAAAUGAAUUUAGGGCCAAGCGUGAGUUUUGUUGUUGAAUGGAUAUUCCAUUUUGUUUUCGCACAUGGCAAAUGUUACGUGGGCGAUAAAGAUGUAAAUAGCAAAAGUCAUGUUUGGCCUGAAUGUUUACUUACAAAUGUUUUUAUGUAGUCUGUCAUUAUCCGCAUUGGCUGUGUUAAACAAAUUGUGAGAUUAAAUGGCAUAAACAUACAAUAUUGUAGCACUCCAGGCUAUACGAUGGCGCUUUAGAAGUUCACUAAAGCAAGCCACUUAGCCUAGAGGACAAAAUGGUCUCGAUUUUCUUCAAAAUGGCGAAUAUUUUUGACCGCCAUCUUGAUGAUAUUUAUUGCAAGUUUGCAAAGACGUUGUAAUUACUUACGAUAAAAUUGUGAGCUGUAUUCAAGAAAAUACAUGUAUACGCAUUCGUACAAUAAUAAAUUAUAGUUUAAUGUUAAGCUAUUUAUUGUUUAAGUAACGAGUAUAAAGUAUUAUAAUAGUGUUAAAUAGCAGUAAUAAUGUCAGUGUAUUUACGAAUAUUUCGUCGUAUUCGAAGUUUAGGUACUUACAUACGGAUUCCAAACAUUCCAAUUUCGAAAUUUAGAAUAGUUUACCGUUGUAGAAGAGAGGGCUAUGCCUUGAGUUCCAAAUUUAAAUUUAAUAAAAUAACCGAUACGUUUUGGAAAUCAUAAAUCGAAUUAUGCUAAUAAUAAUUCCGAAAAUCUCUUCAAAAUGUUUUCCGUUUAUUCGGGCUUUGUCGUAGAUUGUUAUUGAUCGCAAAGAGUGUAUGUAUCAAUCAGUAUUAACAGCAUUUAAUAAAAAAAGACUGAGCCCGACCUUCUAUUACCUAAUGAAUUUACAAAUGAUACCACAUACCUAGAGCAAAUAAAUACGUUAUAUUACGCAAUACCUAGGGAAUGUGAUAGUAAUUUUAAAUGUUGUCCCGGUUUGUAGGUUCAGCAGCUACUUAAAGAGAAGCGAUUAGAGAUUUUUCUCUUAAACAAAAAAAUGUAUACAAAUAUAGUUUUACGACGAAAGAGGGUAAAAUAGCUCAGCGUGUUACAUUAUACAAGAAUCAAAUAAAGUGGUAAUUAGAUAAUCUUAUUUCCACACCCUGUAUACGGAAUUUCGAUCCAAAGUACGUUUUAUGUGUGUAAAUGUAUAGCUAGGUAUAUUCAAUAUAGAUAAACGAAAUUGAACUCACGGCCACUGUUUUUAAACACAUUUUUUUUGUAUUAGUUGAAAGUGGUUGAUAGUUCCUAUUUGUUUUGGGCUCCGUUAAGACGAAACAUUUUAUUAUCUGUCGUACGUACCUAAUUGUAUUGUAUUUGUGUUAAUUUUUAAUCUGUGUAUUUUCCGUCCGUUGUUUUGUGUGUAAGUUUUAUUAUUGCUUUUGUUUUUUUUUCUUUUAUAAUCUAUGUAUACGAAUGUCUCGGAGCCAUUUUAUUUUUUAAUUUUGAAUCUGUUAGUUUUAAGGACGACAACAUCUGUAUGAUAUUUACUUAUUAUCAUUUUCUAACACCAAAGUGAAGCUUAAAUUUCUUAAAACAAUAUUUUAAAAUGCUUCUAAAGAGUACGUAGGUACCUGGGUCUUACAUGUGCAAAAGUGAAGUACCUACCGUACGUACCUAUCUAUUAAUUUAUUUGUGUAUUCUAUUUUCUAUAAGUAAAGAACUGAGUGGUUAAUAAACUUGUAGAACAAAUGAAUAAUAUUUUGAUUGGAUACGAUAACUCGCUCGCUCCGUGUAUGUAUAGCCUACAUUUAGAGUUACAGUACUAGUUGUAAGUAUUAAUAUACAUACAUACAAUAAAAU